CCUUCCUGACUUGUCAUUUCCUAUGUUCGGCCUGUUUAGGUGGUGGACAUCAUGAGGGUCAAUGUGGAUAAGGUGCUAGAGAGAGACCAGAAGCUCUCUGAGCUAGACGACCGUGCAGACGCCCUGCAGGCUGGAGCUUCUCAAUUCGAAACAAGUGCUGCCAAGUUGAAGAGGAAGUACUGGUGGAAGAAUUGCAAGAUGUGGGCGAUAGGGAUUGGCGUCCUGGUGAUCAUCAUCAUCAUCAUCAUUGGUGAGUCACUGUGUGUGCAUAGAUGAGCAUGUGUGCAAGAACCAAGUAUGAAAGUUCUACCACGAAGGGGGG